AUGAUUCCAUCUCUGAUUAUCCCGGGUUGCUAUGGUCACGCAGAUACGGCGUCCUCCGGUGCUCUUCUGGCUGAGGAGCUUCAGUGCUCUAUAUGUCUGGAUGUGUUCACUGAUCCAGUCAGCACUUCAUGUGGACAUAACUUCUGUAAGAGCUGCCUGAAUCAGUGCUGGAACAGCAGUCAGGAGUGCAAGUGUCCAUACUGUAAAGAAGUGUUCAAUCAAAGACCUGAUCUCAAGAUUAAUAUGACACUACGAAUGGUUGUCAAUUAUUUUAAAAUGAAAGAGCUGAGGAGGAGGCAGCGGUAUGCAGUGGAUGUGACUCUGGAUCCUGAUACAGCUAAUCCUGAACUCAUCCUGUCUGAUGAUAGAAAACAAGUGAGGCAUGGAGACAUUAGGCAGAAACUCCCAGACAAUCCAAAGAGAUUUGAUUACUAUGUUAGUGUCCUGGGAAAGGAGGGGUUCUCCUCAGGGAGAUUUUAUUUUGAGGUGCAGGUGAGGGGAAAGACUGCAUGGGCUUUAGGGGUGGCCAGAGAAUCUACUAAGAGGAAGGGAGACAUUAUACUGAAUCCCAGCAAUGGAUUUUGGACAGUGUGGCUGUUUCAUUGGAAUGAAUAUGCAGCUUGCUCCUGUCCCCCUGUCCCUCUGCCUCUCAGAGUGAAACCUCAGCGGGUCGGUGUGUUUGUGGAUUAUGAGGAGGGUCUGGUCUCCUUCUAUGAUGCAGAGUCCAGAUCUCAUAUUUACUCAUUCACUUGUCAGUCUUUCACUGGGAAACUCUAUCCAUAUUUUAGCCCAUCCUUUGGCUAUAAUGGGACAAACCUAACUCCACUGAUCAUCACACCUGUCAGUUGCGAUAAAUGAAUAAACACUUAAAAUUAAAAUAAUGCUUUUUGUAACAACAUCUGGAAAUAUUAAAUCAAGAAUCGGAAAAACUGGUUUGUAUGAAAAAACUUGAAAUAACGCAAAAUUGAGAAAAGUCAUUGACGUCCAUCAUUGUUUAUUCCAUAUUCAAUACAAAUACGACUUUGUUUUAUUAUUUGAUAUAUUCUGUUGAAUCAAAAAUCAUAGCAAAGUAAAAUGGCAUGGACAAAAAUGAUGGGACCUUUAACCCAAUAAUUAGUUGAACAACCAAUAAAGGCAAAUACUGCAAUGGAGUGAUAACAGGUAGUUUGUGCUGCACUUAAUGAGCAAAUAGUUCAAUAGGUUUCAGAUCAAAGCUCGUAGAAGACCAUUCACAAUAGUCCAAUGUUUUGUUCAUAGUAAUUCUUGGGUGCUUUUAGCUUUGUGUUUUGGGUCAUUAUCUUGUUGAAGGAGCCAUGACCUGUGACUGAGACAGAGCUUUCUGACAUUGGGACACUUUUUUUUGACUUGAUGUGACUUCCCAUAAAGCUCCAGUUUUGUCUGAUCCAUCCAAAUGACAUUCUCACAGAAGCAUUGUGACUUGUCUAUAUGCAUUUUAGCUAAUUCCGGUCUGGUUUCUUUCAUUUUUCUC